AUGAGUGAAGGUGUAUCAUUAAAACAAGUUACUUCACCCACAUCUGAAUCACAAAAUGAAGAAUUAUGUUUAGUUUGUAGUGACAUAUCAACAGGUUAUCAUUAUGGAGUUCCUUCAUGUAAUGGAUGUAAAACAUUUUUUCGAAGAACAAUUAUGAAAAAACAAACAUUUGUUUGUCAUUAUACUGGUAAUUGUCCUGUAGACAAAAGUAUUAGAUGUGCUUGUAGACAUUGUCGUUUUGAAAAAUGUCUAUCUGUUGGAAUGAAUAGAAAUGCCAUUCAGCAAAAUCGUGAUCCUAUAGGUUAUACAAAAAGAACAAGAAGAUAUCCAAAACUUGAAAAUGUUCCUACUGUUAAAUCCCUUUUUACUAAUAAUAAUAAUAAUAAUGGAAAUAAUACAUAUAAAAAUUCAAAUAAUUUACAAUGUUCACCAACUAAUAUGGCUUUUAAUAAUCAAUCAUUUUCAUGUCAGUCAACAUCAAAUGUUGGUUGUAAAUGUAAUAAUAAUAUUUCAUCUAUUGAAAAUACUCCUGAAAGUCGUGAUGAAGAUAAUUUAUUUUUACGACUAAUUGAGUUAGAAGGAAUAAUGGGUAAAUUACGGUGUUCUCAUAUGAUAAUUAAAGAAAAUUUAUGUGAUCUCAUACAAUCUCCAUCAAUUUUUAAUAACAAAGAAUUUAUUGAUGUUCAAAUACGAAAUAUACAUACAUAUACUAAUUUACGUCCAGCUGUAUCUACAGAUUUUCAAUAUUGGCAUGAAAGAGAUUGGAUUUUAAUGAUAGAAUGGGCUAAAAAUUUACCAUCAUAUCCAUCAUUACCAACAUCUGAUAGAUUAGCAUUAUUAAGGUACUCAUCAUUAACUUUUCCCUCUUUGCAACAAAUAUUUUACACACCUGAAAAUACUAAUAAUGAUAUUAUAUUUCCAAAUGGAGCAUUUUUCAAUAAUGAAUAUCCAAAUGAUAGACCAGCUGGAUAUAAUAGAAAAAAAAUGCAAUUACUAGAGCAAUUACAUAGACCAAUGAAAAAAUUACGAAUUAAUUCAGCUGAAUAUGCUGCUAUAAGAGCUAUCUUUUUUUUAAAUCCUGAUGCUCCAGAUUUAAAUCAAGAAAGUGCUGAUGCAGUUUCUAUUGAUAGAGCUAAAAUUACCAGUGCAUUAUAUAGAUAUUUGGUUAAAAAUUAUGGAAUGAUAGAAGCACCAAAAAGAUAUACUUCACUUUUACUUCUUGGUACUGUUUUAGCAGCAAUGGUAGUUGAAAUGCGUGAAGCAGUAGUGGUAGCAGAUUUUUUUGAACAAAUAGAAUUUUCAGCUUUUGCAAAACAACUUCUUUUUGGUAGUGGUGAUGAUCAUGAUCAUCUUCAUGAUGAAGGACAAUGUCCACUUAAACGUGUUCGUCCCACAAUAACAUCAUCAGAUAAUUCAGUAAUAUUUAAUCAAACAAUAAAUUCAGAUAUUAAAUGUGAAACAACUUCACCAAAAUUAGAGGGACAACAAAAUAAUUUUAAUAAUUUUAAUUUUUCUGAUAUAGCAACUAAUCCAACACAAAUAUCACAUCCUUCAUAUACUUUACAAAAUCAAGCAACACAAUUUCAACAAUUAUUUACAGCUCAGCAAGCGAACAUGUAUAUAGAUUUCGUAAGCAUGCAAAAUACAAUGGCCAGGAGUAAAUAUGAUUGUUAA